AGAGAGAGCAUAAAGUACAGCAAGCGCCACCAUAGAAAGUCAAACCAACUUCACCAAUGGCUGCUAAACUUUACCAAUUACUCACGCUUCUCAGUCUCGUAAUCCCUUUGACCCAGUCAGAACCUUCCACGUCCUCGCCCCUCUUCCUCUCCGUCACCGACUUCGGCGCCGUCGGCGACGGCCUCCACUACGACACUGCCGCCAUCCAAUCCACCAUAGACGCGUGUAACCAUUCACCAUGCCACGUCACCUUCCCGCCAGGCAGGUACCUAACAGCUACCAUACGCCUAAGAUCUGGCGUCGUGUUGGAGAUCGAGAAGAACGCGACCGUCCUCGGGGGCACGAAAUUGGACGACUAUCCACCGGAGAUGGAUAGGUGGUAUGUGAUACUGGCGGAGAACGCGACCGACGUGGGGAUAACGGGGGGAGGGACGGUGGACGGUCAGGGCCUGUCGUUUGUGGAGAGAUUCGAUGAGAGAAAGAACGUGAUGGUGAGCUGGAACCGGACUGGGGCUUGCUACGGUGACGAGUGCAGACCCAGACUCGUUGGCUUCAUUGGCUGCUCGAAUGUUUGGGUCUCCAAUGUUUCGUUGAUUGAACCGGCCUACUGGUGCUUGCACAUUGUUGGGUGUGAGAAUACAUCCAUUCAAGAUGUUCUGAUAUAUGGAGACUUUAAUACGCCUAACAAUGAUGGCAUAGAUUUGGAGGAUUCAAAUAAUACAAUCAUCACAAGAUGCCAUAUUGAUACAGGAGAUGAUGCGAUUUGUCCGAAGACAUACAAUGGACCUCUUCACAAUUUAACAGCUACAGACUGUUGGAUUCGAACAAAAUCAUCAGCUAUUAAAUUUGGUAGUGCCAGCUCUUUCAAUUUCAAGGGCCUGGUUUUUGACAAUAUCACAAUUGUGGAUUCUCACAGAGGGCUUGGAUUCCAGAUACGUGAUGGAGGAAAUGUAAGCGAUGUUACUUUCUCAAACAUCAAUAUCAGCACAAGAUACUACGACCCUUCAUGGUGGGGGAGAGCGGAGCCUAUUUACAUGACAAGCUGCCCCCGAGACUCAACUUCAAGGGAGGGUUCAAUCUCAGAUGUACUCUUCAUUAACAUUACUGCCAAUUCUGAAAAUGGAGUUUUCUUGUCGGGUUCUAAACACGGGCUACUCACAAAUAUAAGAUUUAUCAAUAUGAACUUUACUUACAAUAGAUGGACCAACUAUUCUGGUGGAUUAGUGGACUACAGGCCAGGAUGCCAGGGGCUUGUUAAGCAUUCCACUGCUGGGAUCAUCAUGGAGAACAUGAAAGGUUUUGAUGUUGAAAAUGUUAGUAUGUGGUGGUCUGAUGAUCAUGGAAGAAGGCAAUGGAAUAAUCCCCUGGAUUUCAGGCCAUCAACUGUAAAUGGCAUCUCAUUGAUUAAUUUUCAUUCAGAUUCGUAUCAACAACAAGAGAAGGCAACGCAAAAACUCAGCUUCAAUUCUUCAUGAAGGUACGCACUGCAGUCUAAUUUAUGAUUCUUUUCAUUAGAUGGGGGGAUGUUGUCAUUGGAAUGAUUGAAUGUCAUUUGUAGAAAGAACACGCUUUUCUGAACUGGAAGAUAUGUAAUGAAGAAUUACAUUUUUUUUUUAAUGAAGGCUUACAUUUACUUGUA